AAUUACUGUUACUUAGCAACAUUAUAAAAUGCGGCACUAUUCCGAAUAAUAAAUAGUGUCAUAUCCUUUUAUUUGCUAGUUUCUCCGAUAUGUAUUUAUAUAUAUUCUUACUUUGUGACGAAAAUACCACCUGUGACAGUCAUUUAUAUCAGUUUGUUAGCCAGGGAGCUAACAUGUGAGCAGCUUUGACUCUGGAUUGACAGGUAACAUUAACGUUAUACUGCCCGUGACAAUAAAACCCUGAGAGAGAAGAAAGUCAUAGAAAUAUAUUAACGUUAUUUAGAUUAGUUAUUUAUAUGUCCGGCUUUUGCAAACAGGCUCAUGUUGAAGUUUAAGUAUUGAAUGUCCUCUGUGAGCACACACUACAAGCUUUAGCGACUUGUAGACAUCAACAGCACAAAACGUUAACUUACAGCAGCUUUGGGACAAAAUGUCUGCGUGUAAAAGAUUGCUUUACGUUGUAAAGCACAGAAGCUUAUGGACGCAUGUUCGGAGAAAUGUCACGACAUGGUCUCCUGUUGGAGCUGCGUUCAAUGCCCAGACUCAAAGGAGGUUGAACCUGUUCGAGAAAAACGGGGGUUUGUUCGGGGUGCCAGAGCUGAGUUGUCCUGCAGGUUUCCAGGUCGCCUCAAAGACAGCUCUCAAGAACACAGAGCGUCUGGUGGAAAACGCUUGUUCUUGUUCUCCAGGCGUUGAGACAGUCGAGUCUUUUGACCAGCUCUCAGAUGGUUUGUGUAAAGUGGCUGAUCUGGCAGACUUUGUAAAGGUAGCACAUCCAGAUCCAGCGUUUCGUGAGGCUGCUGAGAAGACCUGCAUAGAGAUUGGCACAGUUGUGGAGAAGCUGAACACUAAUGUUGAGCUGUGCAAGAGCCUAAAACAAUUGCUGGACAACCCAGACAUUGUGGCUCAGCUGGACCCUGAUACAAGACGAGUGGCUGAGUUGUUCAUGUUCGACUUUGAAAUAAGCGGAAUUCAUCUGGAUGACAAACUGAGGAAAGAAGCAGUUUCCCUCCAUGUGAAGCUGCUGGAUCUAAACAACGAGUUUCUGCUCGGCUCUCACAUGCCCAACAGAAUUGCGAGGUCUGCGAUUCCUGAGCAUCUACACCUGCACUUUGCUAACGAAGGGAGCUUCAUCCAAAUUGGGGGAUUACAUGCAGAUUCCCCCGAUGACUUGUUGCGAGAAAUUGCCUACAGGGUUUACCUCUAUCCAAAUGCAGACCUGAUGGAGUGUCUGGAAGAGCUGCUGAAAUGCAGAUACAAACUGGCCAAACUGGUGGGUUACGAUUCUUACGGACACAGAGCCCUAAAGGGAACGAUGGCCAAAACACCAGAGACGGUGAUGAGCUUUCUUCAGUUGUUAACAGACAAGCUGUCAGACAGAACAGCAAAAGACUUUAAGAUGAUGGGGGACAUGAAGAAAAAACUCAACCCUCGUAAUUCUGAGCUCAUGCCGUGGGAUCAUCCGUUCCUCAGCGGUGUUUUGCGUGCUGAAAGGUACAACAUAGAGCCCGGUCUGUACAGUCCUUAUUUGUCUCUGGGCGCCUGUAUGGAGGGUUUGAAUAACCUCUUCUCUCAGCUGUUCGGUGUGUCCCUCAUGUCCGAACACCCCAGUGCUGGAGAGGUCUGGAGCGAGGACGUCCGCAAACUGGCUGUCGUACAUGAGACAGAGGGAUUAUUGGGAUACAUCUACUGUGACUUUUUCCACCGGCCAGAUAAACCUCAUCAAGACUGUCACUUCACCAUCCGUGGCGGCCGCUGGUGCCAGGAAACGGGUCAGUACCAGCUUCCAGUUGUGGUGCUGAUGCUGAGUCUGCCCCACCCCACCAAGAGGGCCCCCACCCUGCUCACUCCGGGCAUGAUGGAGAACCUCUUUCAUGAGAUGGGACACGCCAUGCACUCCAUGCUGGGACGCACUCGCUACCAGCACGUGACAGGAACCAGAUGUGCGACGGACUUUGCUGAAGUCCCCUCCAUCCUCAUGGAGUACUUUGCCACUGACUAUAGAGUCAUCAGCCAGUUUGCACGCCAUUAUGAAACUGGACAGCCUCUGCCUGAGAGUAUGGUGGCUCGCCUGUGUGAGUCGAAGAAAGUGUGCGGAGCUGCAGACAUCCAGCUGCAGAUUUUCUAUGCUGUCUUGGACCAGAUCUACCACGGCAAACCUCAGAACCGCUCCACCACAGAAAUCCUAAAAGAGAUGCAGCAGAAAUUCUACGGCUUGCCUUAUACGUCCAACACGGCAUGGCAGCUGAGAUUCAGCCACCUGGUUGGCUAUGGAGCAAAGUACUAUUCCUACCUCAUGUCCAGGGCCGUGGCCUCAAUGGUGUGGAGACAGUGCUUCAUUCAGGAUCCUUUAAACAGGGACAUGGGUGAGCGUUACCGUCGGGAGAUGCUGGCCCAUGGAGGAGCCAAGGAGCCCAUGCUGAUGGUGGAAGGGAUGCUGCAGAGACGGCCGACCAUUGAGGACUUUGUGGAUGCGCUGGUGUCUGAGCUCAACCCGAACUUCGAGACCUUCAUCAUGGACUCUGAAAGCUGAAAUUUGCCGCUAUGGACAAAAAGUGCACUAAUGAUACAGGUGGAUGCUGGGCCAACAGAUGUAAGACAUGGCAGCAGGGGGCACGCUCAUUCUUACUAAGCAUCUUUACAUUUUAUAUUGCUGGUCUCUCUUAAGUCACAUUGACUCAUUCUAAUUCUGCUGUCAAUAUAAGUUUAUAUGAUAAGAAUUAAAGACUUGCUGCCAAACCCUGUAAACGAAUCAUCUCUGAAUAUUGGUUGUUGCAGAUUUUAGUCACCACUAAUUGUAUUUCAACAUCAUCUUGUGCCAGGCCACAAACCUGUUUAAUAUCACAAAACUAUUUUGAGUUUGUAUAUGUUUUUUCACCUUAGUGUAUGUCAGCACUGGACUGAAAAAAUGAACAGAAAAAUGUAG